AUGAACCAGGAAAGUGUAGAAAGCUUAAUUAACAAUUAUGAAGCAAUAGUAAAGCAGCAACAACAAGAAUUGUAUUAUUUAAAGCAUGAACAAGACAAUCUAAAACACCAAUUAAUCGAACUAAUCAAUGAAAACAAACAACUAUCUCAAGACUUAAGUGCCAAAAAACCUCUCCCACCUCAAACUAACAACAACAACUACGAACAACUAAUUAGCAAUCUAAAACAACAAAUCAACAAACUAAUUAACGAAAAAGAAUGCGUUUCCAAGCUAUGGCAAGAAGGCAUCAAAACCAUCGACCAUUUAGAAGACGAAUUCAAACAAACUGGUGUCCCAAAAAGCGAAGUCCAAAAGCUGAAACUCAAUUAUGAAACCAAAAUAGAAAAACUACAGCAGGAGUUGGCCAAAAAUCAAAUGAGACAUUGCGAAGUUGAUCAGUCCCUGGAAAAUCAAGCCAGCGCUUUGAAAAUUGUGAAAAACCUCGAAACUGAGGUGUUGAGGUUGCAAAAAAGACUCCAAGAAGCUGUUGAAGAUAAAAAUUUAAGCCAACAAAUGUUGGAGAAAAAAGAUGAAGUCAUACAAAGCCUAAAAUCAGCUAAUUCAAACUAUUUGCGGCAAGUAAGAGAAGCUGUUUGUGUAGUUGAAGCUGCUUUAAACGAAAAAGAUGCUGCCUUGUUUAGGGAGCAACAAAUUAAAGAUGAAAACGAAAAACUACUCAAAGAAAUGACGGAAAUUGUUAAACAAACUCAAGAGAAAAUCAAACAAGAAACGUUAAAGUUGAGUAUUGAAAGUGCUGAAAAGCAAAAGUUGCUUAUGGAUGAAUUGAGUCAAGCUCAAACGGAAAUAAGGAGGAAAUGUGAAGAGAUUGAGGCUCUAAAUCAAAAGAGUUGUCAACUGGAAAGGGAAAUCGAGCGGAUGCACAAGGGGCAUUGCACUAUCGACGAGAGCGACAUUAAUAAGUUGUUGAUUUUGGAGAAGAAUUUGGAAAGUACUUUUCAAAAAUUGUUGGUAUCCGAAAAACUUAACAUCCAACUGACCUCGGACAAAGAAGUCAUUAAAAACGACUUGGAACAAAUGGCCAACAUUUACGACAGAAACUUGAAAGCCAAAGAAGUGGAAAUGUUGACCUUAAAAGCAAAAAUUAACCGCUUGGAAACUGAACUAAACGAAACCCAUGAGAAAAUUAAUAAUCUAUCAAAAAUAAAUCAAGACAAUAAACAACAACAAGGAAAUAACGAAACUGAUUAUAAAGCAACAAUAACUGAAUACAAAAACACCAUAAAACAGCUACAAACUCAAAUAGAAAUGAAACAAGAUUUACACCAAAAGUGGCGCAAAGAAACCAAAAUAAUCACAGACAAUUUGGAAAAACUGGUAACACACCUCAAACAAGAAGUGCAACAAUUCAAAAAGGAAAACAAAUCCCUAAAGGAGGAUUUCAGGAAAUCUGAAGACAAAGUGCGCCAAUACAAGACCUUUUUAGAAUUAAUUUCUAAGGAUGUUAAUAAAAUUAGCCAUUUGACUUUGGGGCCUGGAAUUAGCUGA